GAGACUUAGUUGUAGAGUAAAGGGUUAAUAUUGUUUACAGUAUAAUAUAAAGUCCUCUUGGGGCUCCAAAACUGAAAACAAAAUGUAAUUAUGUACAUGUAAUAUUAGCAAUGAAUAAACAUGACAUGCAUCAGAGAUUAACAUGCAACAGGCUGCAUUUGGGUCACCUGAUAAGGAGCAGGAGGUGUGAUGACUUUGUUCAGUUUGCUUUUGCUCCCUGAGAUUCCGUGACACUUCGAGCUAUGAGACAGAUCUUCACGAUGCCUCACCUGAAGGAAGGACUCUCCUUUAAACUUCUGCUCAGUUCCUUCAGCUCUGUGGUUUUCCACACUGUUGUCUUCCUUCAUCUACUAUGGCCCUGUGCAGGUCAGUCCCAGGUGGUUGGUCCAUCUCAGCCAAUAGUCGUAAUAGCUGGUGAUGACAUCAUUUUACCAUGUCAGAUUGAACCUGCUGUGGAUGCUUCAGUCAUGACCGUUGAGUGGACAAGGCCCGAUCUCAACCCCAGAUUUGUGCAUGUGUGGCGUGACGGAGUGGAACUGGAGAAUAAAAAACAUCCAUCCUACAACAGAAGAACAUCAGUGUCCGUCAACAAGCUGAGGUGUGGAGACAUUUCACUGAAACUGUCCAAAGUCAGACUCUCUGAUAGCGGCAAAUACAGAUGCUUCAUCCCCACACUGGGCAGAGAAUCUACAGUUGAACUUGUUGUUGGUGUCAUCUCAUCAAUUGUCCUCAGCUUAGAGAGGACUGGGAAAAAUGAAGUCAGUAGUGGACUUGCUCUAAAGUGUAAGUCUACAGGCUGGUAUCCAGAACCUGAGGUGUUCUGGCUGGACGGUGAGGGAAACCUCCUCUCUGCUGGACCUACAGAGACAGUCAGAGGUCCUGAUGACCUCUAUACUGUCAGCAGCAGAGUGACUGUGGAGAAGAGACACAGCAACAGCUUCACCUGUAGAGUCCAACAGAACCACACCAACCAGACCAGAGAGGCACAGAUACAUGUUCCAGAGGAUGUAUUCAUGGAGCCAUCAUGUUCUAAUGUAGGCCUUCAUAUCAUCUUGUCUGUUGUCUGUGUCCUGGUUCUCUCUGCACUUGUCUCUGUUGUCUGGAAGCUGAGACGAAACAAAAGUCAAAACAAGAAGCACCACAACAAAAGACCUGAAGAAGGACCAGCAGAAACAGAGCUGCUCGUCAACGGACAGAAGAAAGUGGAGCAUCUGGAUGAUGGAAAGCUGGACAUGACUGAGACUGAUUGGGUUUCAGUGAUGACAGUAAAGAAGAACAAACUUGAGCACGACAGAGACAAACUGAAGUCACAGAUAGAGGAGGUGGAAACAGAGUGGACAGAGAACAAGAAGAAACUUCAGUCAUUGCUUCCCAUAAAUAAAAAUAACCUAUUAGAGAGGAAACAACAACUGAAUAACAAAAAGAAUGAAUAUGAGAAAUCAUUACAGGCAAUCAUGGGAAGAAUACAGACAACAGAGGAUAUUAUUUCAAGAAUAACAGAAAGGAUGAAGAAAGUAGAUAAGCAGGUUCGGGAAAUGAUGGAACAACCUGAAGACACAAAGGGCCAAAGAGACAAGUUUCAUCAGCAGUCAGAUCAGCCAGAGAGCAAAGAGGAGACAGACAGAAGUACUGAUGUGUUGACAACAGCUGAGACACAAACCAACCUGCAUGUCUCUGACAGUCCAGCAGGAGGCAGCAGCUCACCUGGAGAGUCGAGCACAGCAGAGCAGACUGAGAUCAAAACAGGAGAGAUGAUGACUGAUACAGUGAGACUCUAA